AUGGAUGACGAUGAGCUUACUCAAGAGAUUCUUGACCAAUUCGACCUCAUAUGUACCCAGCAUCAGUAUGAAAACGUACCAAGUCAUAGUAAUGGAGGUUUAUCGAAACCAAAUCUACAUCCUGAAAAGUCGUCGAAUGGUUUAACUCGGUCAACAUCCUUAGAUACAAAGCUAGGAGGUACUGUACAGGUGCCUCACUUUCCACUGAACGAGAAAGUAUCGAAUGCUAGCCGAGAUGAAGUUGAAAGCCUUAAAAAGGAGGUAUCUGUCUUACGCGAAGAGUUGUAUAUGAAAUUAGGUGAAUUAGCUACCAUUAAAGAGUCUGCCAGUCGAGCAAAAGCUACCGAUUCUGAUACUAUUAGUAAACUGGAAUCACAUCUCGCUUCUGAACGUAAUGAUUUUCAACGUAAAUUGAGUGAAUUGAACGCCCAAAUAGCGUUUCGUGAAGCUGAUUAUCGUUUGGUAUGCAGUGAGCUUGCUCGGAUUAAAGAGGAAGCCGCAGUCAAUAAACAGCUGUUAAACGAACGUUCUGUUGAAUAUUCACCUGCAUCACAAAUUCUAGUCUCCCUAACAUCUCCUAAUCCUGAUCCCAUUUCUAAGCAAAAGGCACGAACACCUGGUUCUCGGUUACCAUCUACAGAUUUUCAUCUUCCUGCACCAGUUACUCCUAUUCCCAGCAGACGACAUAGAGUUCCGCAUGGUUUAGUUUGGGAUGUUAAUGUUCCAAGCAACUCUGAAGAUCCACUUAAGUCGACUACUGUUCAACAAAGUGAUAUCAAUGAAGUUUUACCAGUAAAUGAGGCUCCAUUGUCCAGUGCACCAAGAAAACGACAACGGUAUGUUAUGUCACCGGAUAUUCAAUCACCACAGACCUCUCCUGAACGAUUAGAAGAGCACCAACAUCCUACAUCUGUAGUUGAUGCCUGCGUCGAGACCACAGAUUUGUCAAAUAGUCCUACUUGUAAUCGUCCCUUACGCUAUCGGAUUAUUUCGCCUGCCUUUUCGAUUACUCAGUCUUCCCAUUUAUUUACCAAUAAGAAAUCCGACUUAUUGUCAGACUUGUUAAGCCUGUCGAUCUCAGUGCCCCACGAAGAAAAGGACGGAAAUUCCAGUGAUACAGAUUCUCAAACACCAGUGAUGAUUCCUACAUGUUUUACCAAAUCAGAGGAUUCUGCUUGGUUAACAUCAGAUUAUUAUUUAACAGGAAUAAAUAAACUACUUCCAAAUUAUUCUGAUAUCCUUAGUGAAACAACGUCUUCUGACAACGGUACAUCACAUUUGAAUAUGAUAAUUAAACGAUUUUCCACCUCUUUACCAUAUUUAUUACUUAGAGUUGAAGAGCAAUUUAAGGCAUGUAUUAGCACACUUUUGGACUGUGGUAAUCAAUCAAAAAGGAUUUCAGGAAAGAAAAAUUCGAAUACUCAGGAUACGGACGAUAGAGAACUACUGGACGAUAACGAAGAAGAAGAUAAAGAGAAUGAACAGUUAGAUGUAGAGAUUUCUGACAUUGAUCCCAAUGAAAUGUCCUAUCUGGGUGAAGAUCCUUUUGCGGGUGCACCAGCAUCACAAGUUGUUACAUCACUUACUUUUCCAUCUCAACCUAAACCUUUUUCAAAGCAAGUUAAAGAGCGCUCUAUCUCAAUGCAAAGAAAUAAAUCGUGUCCUUCAAAUAUUGAAUAUUCUGAAUCGUCCAGUAGUAGUACAGUAGUGACUGAUGUUCCCAAAACCAAUAAUACUGACAACUUUUUGCUAUAUCGUCAAAUGAUGAUUGAUCAAAGUGUAAGAGGGAUUAAUCAACUAAGAUAUUUAGUUACAACUCUUGUUUCAUAUUGUCCUUUACCAUCGAAAUUAGUCCAUUAUAUGGAUGAUAACUUAUCACCUGGUGAUGAGGAUGGUGAUGACAGUACUCUUGUUAUUAUUAAUGAAUUUCAAUGCCUUAUUCGAAUGAUUUCUAGCGUUUUAUGUCGAUUCAUCAAUAAGCUUGUGGAUGUUUUUAUUCAGAAUGAACAAGAAAAUCAUCUGUUGACGUCAUCAACAACAACAUGCUUUACACCGGUUACAUGUUCAAUCGACUCUACAUCACAUAAAUCAUCUCAGAAUACUUCGAAACACAAUGCUUUCCCAUCGUUGUCAGUAAUUUUACCUCUUAUAACUGGAUGUUUAAAUUUAGCAGCAUUAUUUGCAGUUUUCAUUAGAAUUGACAUUCAUGCACAGCGUAAUCCUGUCGAUAAAGUCUGUGGAAUAGGAGAUCAGGGCAAUUCCUCCAAUCAGCACCCAUGGCUUCCUGAACUAUUGAGUUGUAUCAUUAUAACCUCUGAAGCAUGUUUUGGCCAUAAUGAUAAAUCAAGCAGCAUUUUGCUUAAUAAAAAACAUCCUUUCAUGAGAACUGAAAGUAACAAUAGUACAGUUGGAAAUUUUAUCAAAAAUCGUCCUGUCAUAACUUUGAAACCAUUGAUUAGUUUUCUUCGUUUCUGGAGAAAUAUGAUAUCUCAAAGGCAUUGGAAUGGUGGACAUUGUACAGAUUCAUUAUGGUGGGAUACCGGAUGUGAGAGAAUGAGUACAGAUUCAACAUCGUUGAAAGAUAUUCGUCAACAGUAUAUAGAAAAAUUAUUUGGCUCAUCUAUACGAUGUAGACUACUGGCAAUAUGUGUAUGGAUUUGUCAAUUUUAUGAUCAAUUCACCGCUACCAUCAAUUGUACUACUACAACUAGCACCACUGCCGAUGAAUUAAAUGAUACUGCAGAAAUGCAAAGAAUUGAACUUUUGAACGAGUUUUCUGGAAUGGUCGCUGUGCUAGCUCAACGUGAUGAUGUAGUGUGGCCUGAUAGUUGUUGCUGUAAAGCUAAAGUCUAUUCAACACUAGUUCAUUUGUCUGAUUCACCCCUGAAAUCAUUGAUGACAAUACCUACAAGUGUUUUAACUGAUCCAUUUUAUUAUCCACAACUACAACAACAACAGCUUGAGAAUGCCUCCUUGUCAUCAGCUGACUUACUGUUCAAACAAAAAACCUCUUUAAUUGCCUUUGGACAAUUAACACGUGCUUUAAUCGGACUGCUUUGGCGACAUGGUGAUCAAAAUUUCCAAUCAUAUACAGACUGUUUACCAGAUUAUUUUUGUCUAAUAACAAAUUUAACACGAUGGAUUCAGCUAUCUAAACAAAGAGAAAGAGGUGGUCGUUUUGAGACAACUUUCUUACCUUAUCAACACAAUGAUAUGAUACUAAGACCUGAGUUAAUUGAAGAAUUAUAUGAUUUUGAAUCAGGUGUAGAGAAUUUCCCCUAUCAUCAGACGGGUUAA